CCGCCCCUCCCCUCCCCUCGUCCUCUUCCUCCUCAGACAAGCCCUCCCCCUCUUCGCCUCCGCCGCCCCCGCUCCGGUUCGCCUCCGCCACCGCCCCGCAGUACUUCUCGAUCUGUGACCCGCCGCCCCGCGAGUAGCCGCUGGAAUCUAGGGUUCCAACCCCACCCCCCGGCGCGGGUAGUCUAGCUGUUCCGGACAAGGGGGCUGCCACAGUCGCCGCCAGCUUCGCUUCGUACCGAUGGCGGAAGAAGCAGCUGCCAAUGUUAAGAAGGAGGAGGAGGAGUUCAGCACCGGGCCCCUGUCCCUGCUCCUGAUGAGCGUCAAGAACAAUACUCAGGUGCUUAUCAACUGCCGGAACAACAAGAAGCUACUUGGUCGUGUGAGGGCAUUUGACCGUCACUGCAACAUGGUUCUUGAGAAUGUUCGGGAGAUGUGGACUGAGGUUCCAAAGACUGGCAAAGGCAAGAAGAAGGCCCUUCCAGUGAACAAGGACAGGUUCAUCAGCAAGAUGUUCCUCCGCGGCGACUCGGUCAUCAUUGUUCUAAGGAACCCGAAAUGAGUUAGACGACGACGACACCUCGUACUCCCAGAAUAGUCUCUUUGCUAUGUAGUCCCUGUUAAGUUUGUAAUACUGUAUACUCUAAAACAGUGAGUGUUUAAGAGAUGAUAUCAAGCCGAGAUUUAGCAGUAUCGAUUACUGGUCCAGUGUUGUAGUUUGGGAUGUUCUGAGUUUUGCCUGUCCUGUAUCUAAAUUGCACUCGUAGUUUCUAUUCAGAUCAUCAAUAUAUCAGCAGAGGACAAAUUAAUUUUGAGAAA